UUUCAUCUGUCAACUGAUCUGUUUUCAGCGCUCCACAGUGAUGAACAACAUCUGGAAUUUCUUGACCAUUUGGGCACGCCAGUACAGUCAGUAGUUUAGAGAAAAUAAUCUAGACUAAUCUUGGCGGAUCUGUAGCCAUUGUUGUGUUGUUAGCUAGAUGUGCUAUAGUGCUUCUGUCUCGUAUUACAGCUCGUAUCCUGUCGAAUUAGCUAUAGUAGCUAACCAGUUAGUAAGUUAGCUAGCGUAGCUAGAUAGUGUACAAGCUUACUCUCGUAGUAGUGUCACAACCGUACUUCCGACUGCUCUACAUCCAUCCAACAUGUCAAAACCGAAAACUUCUGCAAAAACUUUAAUUAUCGAAGAUGAUGAAGCCCAAGAGGAUGGAGACGAAUUGAAUCCCUUCUCCUUCAAAGAGUUUAUCCGCGUCAAGAAUAAGGACUCUGAUAUGAAUACAGAUUCAGAUGAAACCUUCUACCCAAUGAGAAAGAAGACAUAUGGCAGCAGCCUCCUGUCAGACAGAGAGUAUCCAUCCUACAGCCACCUGGGCGUGACACCACAGCCAGGGGAGGAGUCUGAGGAGGACUGGGCCGGGAGCUACGAGCCCUCAGCCUUGGAGGACGCCCAGGAGUUUGUGCUGAGCAGAACCGCAGACUGCAACACGUAUUCAGACCCGUCUUCCCUCGGCACCGAGGAGGAGGUGUCGUGGCAGGAGGAUCAGGGAGAGGAGCCGUCUUUGCUUGAGGAGUCUCUGUGGCAGGGCUCCAGGCAAGGCCCGGUGAACUAUGAAGGGGAUGAUGAGACGUCGAUGGUGGAGCUCUCCUUCCGGACCCAGACUGGCAGGCCAGAAGGGAAGAGGAACCAUCUGCAGAAGCUGCAGGAUGAGAACGCUCAGCUCAGGAAGAACGUCCGAUCUCUGCUGAAGAAGGCCGAGAUUGACGAUCGCAGACUUCAAGAGCUCACAGAGGAACUGCAUAAGAAGAGACUGCAGGAGGAAAGGGAGGCCCAGGCCUUGGAGAGUAUGGUCCACUCUGUGGAACAGAACCUGCACUUGAUGACAAAACGAGCAGUGAAGGCUGAGAACAGUGUGACCAGACUCAAGCAGGAGCUUCACCAGAUGCAGGACCAGGUGGAGGGCUACCAGUGUGAGAACGAGAGGCUGCGAGCGGGAGAGACGACCGCUCUGAACACCAUGAGGCAGAACGCUCAGGCGGCAUCAGAGUACCUCAACAAAGCUGCUCUCAACGCAGAGACGUCCAUCAAGCAGUUGCUGACUGGAGCAGAGACCUUGUGUUUGGUGUCUCAACUACUGCACUCCAUCGACAAGAUAAGCGACCUUCAGACUGAAAACUGAGGGUGGGAGAGACAUUAUUUAUUCCUCAACCAAUGGGAGCAAUGUAUCCAUCCAUUCCACGGCUAAUGGAGGCAAAUACAUUUGGGAAGAGCCAAUCGGGAAAGCUUAAUGCCCAGCACUGGUGUUUUGGACAGGCCAGAAGAGCAUAUCACUAAAACUGUCCUGACACGUCUUGCACAUUCUUUUUUUACAUGACGUUAAUCACACUAACAUCUGUUUGUUACCGAUUUAUUUCAAAUGGGAAAUAACUGUACUCGAUGUGAUCAUGAUAAAUAUAUUCUCAUAUACAUUUU